AAAAAAAAAAAAAAGAAAAUAUAAACAUCAUUCAGCUGCCUGGUUAACUCUUCUCUUAUGGAAGCAAAAGGUAUGAAAUCAGCUUGUACAUGGAUUACAAUAAAUACAGCAAAGGACUUACCUCUUCCUUCCCAAAGGGCCUGGCGCUCAUCAAUGGGACACAGAUGAUCACCUCCCUCGGCUGUGAAGCCGUGGAGCGAGCGAGUGCUAUUUCGCGGCAGGCAGACAUCGUGGCGGCCUUGACCCUUGAGGUGCUGAAGGGCACCACCAAAGCCUUCGAUACUGACAUUCACGCAGUCCGCCCUCACCGUGGGCAAAUUGAAGUUGCUUUUCGGUUUCGGUCACUCUUGGACUCAGAUCACCACCCAUCUGAAAUAGCAGAAAGUCACAGGUUCUGUGAUCGUGUUCAGGAUGCAUACACCUUGCGCUGCUGUCCACAGGUCCAUGGUGUGGUGAAUGACACAAUAGCGUUUGUGAAGAAUAUCAUUACCACAGAACUUAAUAGUGCAACAGAUAAUCCUAUGGUUUUUGCCAGCAGGGGAGAGACUGUUUCUGGAGGAAACUUCCAUGGUGAAUACCCAGCCAAAGCCCUAGACUAUUUGGCCAUUGGAGUCCAUGAACUUGCUUCAAUUAGUGAAAGAAGAAUUGAAAGGCUCUGUAACCCCUCUCUCAGCGAGCUGCCUCCCUUCCUGGUGGCUGAAGGUGGUCUGAACUCUGGGUUCAUGAUUGCUCAUUGCACUGCCGCGGCGCUUGGUAAGAAUACCGCCCAAGAAUACUGCCCGUUCCCCAGAACACAAGCCUGUCCAUUUCAUCUGAAAGUCACGUUUUUUAAAAAGACAGAAAAGAAUAUCACUACAGUAAUGCCCCCCCUUAUGGGGGCUGGGAGGAUGUUCCAAGACCCCCAGUGGAUGCCUGAUACCACGGUGCUGGCCAUCGAGCUUCUUGCAGCCUGCCAGGGCAUAGAGUUUCUACGCCCCCUGAGAACAACCACUCCUCUGGAGAAGGUCUAUGACCUGGUGCGCUCUGUUGUAAGGCCCUGGAUAAAAGAUCGCUUCAUGGCUCCAGACAUUGAGGCUGCUCACAGGCUGCUUGUAGAGCAGAAGGUUUGGGAGGUCGCUGCACCAUAUAUUGAAAAAUACAGAAUGGAACAUAUUCCAGAAUCCAGACCUGUUUCUCCAACAGCCUUUUCACUGGAAUUUCUACAUAAGAAAUCCAUCAAAAUUCCAGAGUCCGAGGAUCUUUAAUGGGCUUUGUCAUAGAUUAGCAGCUCAGGUCCUUGGUUGAACAGCAAGCAAUAUCAUGCUGAAGAAGAGGCCUGAGGACUUUCUUAAGUAGAUCAAUCCAUUAUUUUGUUCAGUUCUGCUAAAACCUCCUUUGCUUAGGCUGGUGACAGCAUUAAAUUUGCUCACUCUAGCACUGUGUUCUUGUUGACCUGGUUUGAGACACAGAAGCUGUUUUCAGAUUAUAGGAGUUUUCUUUCUUCCUUAACAGUAUCAACAGGCCACAGGCCAUUUAACAUUAUUUGAAUUUGAAACAGAUUGAUGAUAUUCUUUUCCAAAAACAUUAGACUUUUGUGAAUCUCUUUUUUUUUAUGGUUUGAAAAGCUCUCCACUAGAUAACUGUGGCUGUUUGAAUUAUACCACGAUAUGAUGAAUGUUCCUUACGAGGCUUUGAUCAACAACUUCUGAAGUCAUAAUUUGUCCUGAAGCUUCUCUUCUAUUAAUUGCAUCAGAGUAUAGUCAAUAGGUCCAACGAGGUUUUGUGUAAAGGAGUUUUGCUAUUGGAGUGGCCCUUACUGAUAUUUAUCAAAUAUCACUAUACAUCUCAAAAAAAAAAAAUCUCAGAUGCUUAAGCUGGAGUUAGAGGUUAGUAUUAUUACCUUCUUACUAUGUGUUAGUACUUUAUUCACAGUCCUUUAACAACCCUGCAUUAAGAAGCCUCCUGUCCCACAGAUAAGGAAUCUUAUGUUCAAAGGUAACCACCCCCUUCUCUGUAAUGGUAAUCCUUAAAAGGAGGAAUUAUUGACAAAGGUCGAUGGGGCCCUGGGAUGUGUUACCCAAUCUGUUUUUUCCUCAAAAAAGAAGGCAAAGGGCCGUCUGGGAUCAUCUGGAUGAAAGACGGGUUGGAGGAGCUCUUGGCUUCCCAAGGCUAACUGUGACUUCGCACCUACGUGUGCAAGGGCGUGCAAGGCACUCCAAGGGCGGGAGCCUGGGCCCACGGCUCUAAUACAUCUACGGUAGCCCGAGGAAAGAACAGACACACUUGCCAGCUUGCUGACCCGCUUCCAGCCUGAAAUGGGUUCAACGGUGUAUUUCACAGUAGGGUUUCCCUCCUUAGCUGGCACCCCGUCCCCAGGAAAAGGUGGAGACCGAAGUGAAAACCGCUGCCUACAGAGAUUCGGUGACCAAAAGUGGGCCGAGGAGCCUGUCUACCGAAAAGCCCUUCUGGGGACGCUGUCCUUUGCUAAAGUGUCAACAGCCACGAAUGAGGUUUCUUCGUGCUUAGCCACGAAGCCCAGUCGAGCCAGUAAACCCAGCAGUCUGGGGAGGACUGGAUCCCCACAGGCCUCUGCAAUCUUCCGGGGCACUUUCUGAUUGAGUCUUCGAGACAGCUCUCUGACAAACAGAUUAUCACAUGCCUCCAAGAGAAUGUCAAGGUAAACGUGGAAUAAACCAUGUCUCAGUUGUCUUAUGUCGUCACACUGGUCUUAGUUUUUUAUAACAGAGUUGAGCGCCUCUUCAGGGAAAGCCUAUUCUGGCUGCAGUUAAUCAGGUGUCUGAAAGGUUUGGUCAGUGAAUAUUAGCACAUCGCCGCGUGUCGUUAGAAAGUGUGGUUGAUUCCGCUCUCCUUCCCGUGGAGUAGCAGCAAGGACUGGAGGCAUCUCGAUGUCCUCCCAGCAGGCUCACCCGGGCUUCUCCCGGUGCCGUCUCAGGGCAGCCAGAGGGCGAGCCCCACAGCAUGAGGGCUGAUAUACUUCUACAACGCCCACACUUGCUAAUGUCCUGUUGGCCAAAGCAAGUCACCCUUUCCAGCUCAAGCCAGUCUGGGAGAGGAAUACUCAAUGGCAUUGGCAUGUGGUUUGCGGUCCGUUACUGAAACAAUCUACCACGUAUGUAAAAUCAAACACAGAACCUGAAAAAUUCGAGACACUUUUCAUUACUACUUUAAACUUUAGUCUUAUCUUUGUGUCUGGUCACUGGAUUAUUAUCGUUUUAUUAAACCUUCUCAUUAUCUCA